AUGGUUGUUUUCAAGUCAAGGCAAGAUCAUAAGAAGACAAUCGAAUUAGAGAAAGCUCGUAAAGCUGGUCUCGCUCCUGCUGAGAUAGAUGAGGAUGGAAAAGAAAUCAAUCCACACACACCUCAGUUUCUAAAUCUUGUUCCAUGGUACUCCUCUCGAUCCAAAAACCCUAGUUUGAAGCAUCAAAAGAAGUGGAAGAACAAUAGUGCUCCCCUCGAUGACCACACAGAGAAAAACUCAUGGUACGACAGAGGCGCAAAGACUCACCAAGCCGAGAAGUUCCGCAAAGGGUCGUGUCAAAACUGUGGCUCCAUGUCCCACGGCGUGAAGUCAUGUACAGAGAGACCUCGAAAAGUUGGAGCAAGAUUCACGAGCAAGAAGAUUGCAGCAGAUGAGAAAAUAGAGAGCUUCGAGCUCGACUACGACGGUAAAAGAGACCGAUGGAACGGUUGUGAUCCUUUGGAGCACCAUCGUCGUGUCGUGGAGCGUCAUGAAGCGCAAGAGGAAGCAAGAAAGAAGUAUUUGAAGAAGCAGAAGAUCAAGAAGCUAGAGGAGAAGCUGAACAAGAAGCUAGAGGAGCGGAAUUACAAGAAGCUAGAGGAGAAGCUGAACAAGAAGUUAGAGAAGAAGCUGAACAAUAGCCGAACAAGUGAUGAGGACGAAGAAGAUGAAGAAGACGACUCAAGGGUCGAUGAAGCAAAGGUUGAUGAGAGCAGGCAGAUGGAUUUCGCAAAGGUCGAGAAGCGUGUUCGAACAACGGGAGGUGGUAGCACGGGGACCGUGAGGAAUCUGCGUAUAAGAGAAGACACAGCGAAGUACCUUUUGAAUCUUGAUCUGAACUCGGCACAUUAUGAUCCCAAGAGUAGAUCAAUGCGUGAAGAUCCGUUACCAGAUGUAGAUCCGAAUGAUAAAUUCUAUCUUGGAGAUAACCAUUGUAGAAACAGUGGCCAAGCUCUUGAGUUUAAACAGAUGAACAUCCACUCAUGGGAAGCAUUUGAAAAGGGACAUGACAUGCAUACAGAAGCUGCUCCAUCACAAGCUGAUUUUCUCUACAAGAACUUCAAGAUUGCAAAGGAGAAGCUAAAGUCUCAGACAAAGGAUUCAAUCAUGAGAAAGUAUGGUAAUGCAGCAGCUGCAACAAAAGGUGAUGAGAUUCCAAUGGAGCUUUUGCUUGGACAAAGCGAGAGACAAGUCGAGUAUGACCGAGCAGGGAGGAUUAUAAAGGGACAAGAGGUGGUGAUAUUACCCCCAAAGAGCAAAUACGAAGAAGAUGUUUUGACGAACAAUCACACUAGUGUUUGGGGAUCAUGGUGGAAAGAUCAUCAAUGCGGAUAUAUAUGUUGCAAGCAGACUUUUCGGAACAGUUACUGCACAGGCUCUGCUGGAAUUGAAGCUGCAGAGGCUGUUCUUGAUCUGAUGAAGGCUAAUAUCGAGGACAAAGAAGCUUCUAAAGAGAGCACAAAGAACGUUGGAGAGAAGAAGAGAAUGGCGACAUGGGGAACCGAUGUUGGUGAAGAUUUGGAGUUGAACGAGGAGAAACUUGCUAAUGCUCUUAAGAAGGAGGAUGAGCGUAAGAGGGAAGAGAAAGAUGAGAGGAAACGCAAAUACAAUGUUAAAUACAACAACGAGGUUACUCAGGAAGAGAUUGAAGCUUACAGAGUGAAGAGAGUUCGCCAUGAGGAUCCAAUGAAAGGUUUUCUCUGA